CUGCGUUGUUUGGCGACCCCCAUGAAAUGGUCGUUCCCGACCCACAAGUUGAGAACCACUGUUCUACAACAAUACAAAUACUCCUCCCAGCAACCUUUGGUGCUAUGCAAAUGCAACCAAUUACUCAGCUCCUAGAUGCCUACCUUGCUCCAUUGGAUGAAAUCUCAGUCUUCUUGAACUUACUGCGUGGUACUCCUACCAGCUACCUCUGGUGCUGUGCAAAUGCAAAUAUAGUAACUGUUCUUUGUUUUUAUAGUAAUUUUAUUAAAGUGUAAUAUUUACAAUAGUAAAAACUAAUACAAACUAAAAAAGAAAAAGAAAUAAUAGAAAGCGCAGAAAGGAAAAAAAUAAAAAUAGAAAAGAAAUGUAUGUAGCAAACAAAAAGUAAAAAUUUAAAAAUUGUGUCCUUUCAAAACCACAGACUGGGUUUGAGCAAGAUGGCUAUUACCUCAUCUCCUAGAACUCUGAACCAGCAGGAGACCCUAUCUUGUUGUCUCCUUGUGAAGAACGGCUGUCUGAAAAACUUACUAGGCUCCUCUGUUUAUCUGGAGAGGAAUUAUCAAAGAGACUUGCUGUCUUUUCAUUCUGCCUCGGUCAGCUCUGUUGUUCACACAGUCUUCCACCAGAAGCCUUUUGUUUCAUUCUCUUUGAAUUAGUUCUUAUGACAUCCUUUAGCACAGAGGUCCCCAACCUUUUGGGCACCAGCAACUGGUUCCGUGGAGAGAAGUUUUUCCGCGGACCAGAGUGCGUGGUUUUGUGUGCUACCUGCAUCUCAUGGAUGGGGCUUUGUGCGGACCAGUUGCUGGCAUGCCAUGGCUGGUACUGGUCCACAGACUGUGGGUUGGGGACCCCUGCUUUAGCAUACUAAUUCAAGGCUGAAACCUCUUUUUGAGUCCAGAACCAUACAUAUAUUCAUUAUAAUUUCAAGAAAAACAGUAUUUCUCAUACAAAUACAUUUAAAGGCAUAUAAAUAUGUAAAAUGCAAAAAGAAAAGCCAAUAUAAGCAAUAAAUACAGAUGGAUAACCACGAAAUCUCAAAUAACCAGCUUUUUUAUCAUUGGAAUAAAAUUCCAAUUUUCAAGUUGUUUCUGAAAGUUGUAAUAUUUUCUUUAAAAAUAAUGUUGCUUUGGUCAAUUUUUUAUUUCAUCAACCUCAUUGUGAUUGUGCUUUCUAAUUUGCAGAUUAUUGUUUACUUUCAAUAGUUGAAAGAAGAUUAUCACACUAAUACCGUAAUACACUAUAUAUUUGAUUGAGUAUAGAUAUUGUAUUGUCCACUAGAGGUCACAAUAUUCAAGUUCUGUGAAGGAACCUCCACAAUUAAUUGUACUUCUUGAGGGCAUAUUGUAUAUUAUAGUUAUGUAUUAUUACAUACUUGAAAAUUAUAAUUAUGUUCUCAAUUCUUUUUUUAGUUUAAUAAGGGCUUUUCCAGUUAUUCAGAGCUGUGUAAAUCUUCUAAGUUGAUGACCACAAUAAAAGAAACUACAAGGCAAUUUGUUAUAUGGUUACAGAUAAAAAAGUUUCCAGGAAGCAUGCUACUCUGAAAAUAGUUGGUGACCAGCUUAGCAUCAAACCGGUCCAUGUGAACCCUUGUUUUUACUGGCCUGUUGAAGAUGACCAACUAUUUCCACUGGAUAGAGAUAAGUGGCAUCAGUUGUGUCCAGAAGACCUACGUGAUCAAAUCCCCACAACUCUGCGGUCAACCAUGAUGUCUCACAGUCAGCCUUCAGAACAAUCAACAAUCCCUUCUAACAAAAAACAGCUUCCAGAAGUACAUUCACUUAUGGAAAACGCAACUGAAAUCCCAGAGAAGUUUACUCUUCCUAAAAAAGAAGAAUCAAGGCCUGCUCAGCGAAAAAGACAGCUUCCAGAAUGGAUGCUGCCCACAGAUCUAAUGGCUUCAACUCAGUCAACCUCUAAAACUGGUAAUAAUGAAGAAAUAAAGCCAGAUCUAAGAAAAAAGCAGAAAAUUCUUGAAAGUGAAGAUUCUACCCUUCUAAAAGAGGAGGUAUUUACUAAAGAUGUUGCAAAGAAAAUGCCAAAGAUUGAAAGUAAAAGAAUAUCUCAGAAAGCUGAAAGUUCAGUUGAGCAAUUUAACAGUCAGCUGGAUAAUGAAGAGCUGGCCCUCAAGUCAGAUGGACAAGCAUCUCAGCCUACUCAAAUGCAUACAACAAAUACAAAAGAAAACAAAUUGGAGAGCAUUAAUUCUGAAACCAUGCAGGUUUAUAAUCAGGGUGAUAUUCAAGAGACUACUCUGAAUCUGGCUAUUGGAAUAGAUACUUCAAAUAUAACGGAAAGUCAAGAGAUGCAACAGAGUUCUCACAUAAACAAACCUCAGAGGAUUACUUGCCAGUAUGGGAGAAGCUGCUACAGAAAGAAUCCUAUACAUUUCCAGCAGUUUAGUCACCCUGGUGACAGUGAUUAUCAUGACUCAGAAGCUGUAACUCACGUUGAUGAUGAUAGGCCUGAAUGUCCUUAUGGAACAGAUUGUUACAGAAAAAAUCCACAGCACAAGUUGGAAUAUAAACACACAGCUCCUCCAGAAUCUGAAAGAAGGCAGACGAGAUCAAAAGUUACAAGAAAAGUAACAAGCGUUCUUGCGGAUGAGAGUGAUGAUGAUGGUGAACCAAAUGAAUACGACUUGAAUGACAGUUUUAUAGAUGAUGAAGAGGAGGAAGAGUAUGAUCCUACUGAUGAAGAUUCUGACUGGGAACCAGAUUGUCAAGACAAUGACGGUGAAGAUACGGACAUGCUUCUCAAAGAAGCACAGAAUUUUGUUAAAACCAAGAACUAACUGCAUUCAAAUAUUUUGAUAGAGUUUAUAAAGUAUCAUUCACCUACAUGAAACAUGUAUCCCAUUAGUUAGUAAUGUCACUUUUUAAAUAGUGACUUACGUUAAUUUUACUUCAUAAAAUUGGAUUAUGUAUGUAUAUUUUCAAAAUUUCAUGACUCCACAGCUGAUAAUACUUGUGAAAAGAUCUUACGUGUUAGGGAAUACACUUAAGAUUGCUGGAUUAAUAUCAUCUUUGUAGUGAUAAAUAGGGCUUUGUGAUUUAAAAUAAUGCUUUCCUAAACUUUGUAUUAAUGCAUUUAAUUGCACAUAUGGAUAAAAAAUCCAUAUUAGUAAUGGCACUAAUUUGGAUUUCGUUUCAUUUUUUUAUUGUCAGACUGAUAAUAAAACUGUAAAUAGUAACUGCA